AGAGAGAGUUGGAAGAAAAGUGGGAGAAAUGAGCUUAAAUCAGAACGAGUGAGGAGAGGACUGUGGGUGAGUACAACUUCACAAAAAGCUUCACCCCCCCAUCUCCCUUGUGGAUAAAUAUGGUAUUUGGGAUUCAUCUGCAUGUGCGGCGGUUGAUGCUCCUUCUAGUCGUUUAUAACCAGAUAUCUCAUUCAUCCAGCUAGUUGUGCUUCAGCCCCGUCCAUCAACGGCAAGUCACUCUACCAGUUCCAGCAAAUGAUCCUGUGCACGAUGGAAAGGGCGGCUCUGGCACGCCUGUGGAGGAGCUGGACAAGUCGUGAUUCAUUCACUCGCUCAGCUCAGUGCUACCAUAACAUAUAAACACCUUCACCCUUUCUGAACAUUUGUGUUGUCAAGCCUGCAGGUGCUGCUAAUUGCACGACAAUUAUUAUGGUGACGCCCUGGAGCACCACGCAUGCUAAAACCAUCUUCCACAGCCCUUACAUUAAGUCAUACUCCUAUAACUGUGACGAAGCCAACAAGACGAUCACGAUCAGUAGAAGACGUCUGCAGUUAAUCGAACACAGGAUCCACUCCCACAAACGACACACCCAUCACUGAGCUCUCAGGAGCGGCAGCAGAUUGUUUCGUCUGCUCAUUGAAAUACUCACACUGACUUUGUAGGAGGACCUGAACUGUGAGCUGGAGCUGUGUCUGAAGGUCUUGACUCGCAGGAUGAACGCCCUCCAGACUCUGUUUCUCUUGGCCGCCGGCCUCUCUUUGGCCCUGUCUCGCCGCGGCAGGGCAAUCCCCCAGUUCAGGAACAUGAUUAUGUGCACGUUGCCUGGUAGAUGGCCGAUUAGGGACUACACUGACUACGGCUGCUACUGUGGAAAGGGCGGCUCUGGCACGCCUGUGGACGAGCUGGACAGGUGCUGCCAAGUGCACGACAACUGUUACGGUGAGGCCGAGCAACACGACGAAUGCUUGCCUAUCUUCGACAGCCCUUACAUCGAGUGGUACACCUGGAGCUGUGACCAAGCGAGCAACACGGUCACCUGUGCCAGUGAGUGCACCGAGACGACAAGAGUGUGAGGUUAUUAAAGAAAU